UUUGUGUAUUCAUACUUAUUGUAAAUCAAAUAAUGGCAAUCAAAACGGUUAUCAUCACAUUUUCCAUCAUUAUUGCAUUCAGUGGUGAUGUAUUUGCUGGAGAAGUAGCUGCUCCUCUUGCUGCUGCCGCACCUGCACCAGCUGCUGUCGGCUAUGCUAACACAAUACCUUACAAUGUUCCACCAUUUGCUGGAAGAACUGAUGUGUUUAUAAGAGGAUUAUCUGCAGCUCCUGCACCUUUAGUAGCAGCACCAGCGGCACAUCCAGCACCAUUUGCAGCAGCACCAUUAGCCGCUGCACCGGGAUUAUUUUCAGCAGGAUUAUAUGGACCUAGUUCUGCACUUCCAUACGCUGGCGCACCUGCAUACCUAAGUGGUGGCCCAGGAUUAUUUGGAGCGGCUUCACCAUAUGCAGGAUUUUUUACUCCAGGUUUAUAUAGUGGAUUAGCUUCAGCAUUAGCUUAUAAUGGUGCUUUAAGUCCUUAUGCUGCAGCUCCUAUACCUGGAACACCCUUUAUUAAAAAGUAG